AUGUCGCUAAUAUUUGGUCGUAAAAAGCCCAAAGAUAGGGAUGAUCAUGGGCAUGGUAUUGAUAGUGAAGCGUCGAUUUCACACGCACUUAUAGUUAUUUUUCUCGAAUAUUUUGCAUGGGGACUGCUGACUGUGCCGGUAAUCAAUGUCUUGGCAGAAACAUUCCCGACCAACAAAUUUCUGAUGAAUGGAAUGGUGCUUGGAAUAAAGGGAAUAUUGUCGUUUCUUAGCGCCCCUCUAGUUGGAGCAUUAUCUGAUGUAUAUGGCAGGAAACUGUUUCUUAUUCUGACGGUGUUUUGUACAUGUAUGCCUAUACCGUGUUUGAAAAUCAGUCCUUGGUGGUAUUUCGCGUUGUUCAGUAUAAGUGGUUUGUUUUCCGUCACAUUCAGCGUCAUUCUUGCCUAUGUGGCUGACAUAACCGAAAAACAGGAUCGCUCAGCAGCGUAUGGACUGGUUUCUGCAACGUUUGCCGCAUCAUUGGUGACAUCACCAGCUCUUGGCGCCUGGAUAUCGGAUUACUACGGUGACGGCGCUGUCGUUUUACUAGCUACUGUUAUCGCAAUAAUAGACGUGCUCUUUAUCGUGUUUCGAGUCCCAGAAUCACUGCCAGUGAAACGUUCAGCGAGUGACGUCAUAAGCUGGGAGAGCGCGGAUCCAUUUGGCACCCUGCGCCUCGUCUGGGAAGAUAGCCUGGUGCUUCAAUUGGCUCUUAUCGUUUUUCUCUCAUAUUUACCGGAAUCGGGUCAAUUUUCGUGUUUCUUCGUCUAUCUGAAAUUGGUUGUUGGAUUUUCGCCAGAGGCCGUGGCAGCGUUUAUCGGUCUGGUUGGAAUUUUGUCAGUGGUGGCACAAACAGGAGUUUUGCAAAUUCUAACUACCUAUUUUGGCAUGAAACACGUAAUCACGUUAGGUCUCGUUUUCCAACUGGUGCAACUAACUUGGUACGGGCUUGGGACACAGUACUGGAUGAUGUGGGCAGCGGGUAUACUGGCAGCUAUGAGUAGUAUCACGUAUCCGUCAAUAAGUGCUUUCGUUAGUAUAUUAUCAGAUAAGGAUAAGCAGGGCACUGUACAGGGGGUGGUAACAGGCAUUAGAGGAUUGUGUCAAGGUUUUGGACCGGCGCUGUUCGGCUUCAUUUUCUAUCUGUUUGAUGUGGACUUGAAUGUGGAUGGAGAAGCGGCAGGUGCUCACGGAGUUCAAUUUCCCCUUGUGCGGAUACGCCCAGCUCAACCGCAAGAGAAAAUUUUGACACCAACGAGGAAUGAUACGCUUUGGGCUGCCGAACGACCAGCGUUCACGUGGCAGCUAGUACCGGGUCCACCAUUUUUGGCUGGAGCUAUGUUGGUCUUACUAGCGCUCAUGUUUAAUUCUGCAUUGCCGGCAUCUCCCAGUGCUACAAAACAUCUUCGGAGGUCACCUACGCAUUCGCGGCAGUCGUCUGAUACUGCUCGACUUCUUCACGCUGACAAUGGACAUUGUUAA